UAUCUCCCCAAACCUUUUACCAUUUUCUUAUGUCAUCAAUACUGACUGCGGGUGUGUUAAUGUUGUUUGAUUUAUCUCGGCGAUUACCCACUUCUUGGCGCAAAGAUGCGAUAGCUGCCACAUGUGAUCAUCUGCCUAGCGAAAGAGAUACUCAGGCCAUUGCGGUGAAAUACCAGACAGUCGUCGACCCAGACUAUGUGUAGUCUUUAUCGAACGAUGAUUCUGCCCGUGUUGCUUUUAAGUUGUUGUUGUGUUCUUACUUUAGGCCAGGUAAUUGACGGAGAUGGCUCAGGGUAUGCCCCUACGGAAUGCGACCUAGCAACUGUCGUCCAAAAAGUGGGUUGCUAUAACUCAAGAGUCAGCAAUGGAAGUAGAGCUUUUCCAGAUCUGCUUCUUAACGAGCGGGACUCGAGUAGCCCUGCAAACGUGUACGGCAACCUGAUUGAUUGGAACAACUGGCAGUCAUCGGUUAACGGUUUGGUGUGCCGCUGUGCUGAGUUGGCCAAAGCUCGUGGCUACACUCGUAUUGCCGUGGAGUUCUACGGAGAAUGUUGGGCUGGACAACAAAGCAGCCAGGCUUUGCAAUCCUCAUCCAAUUGCACCAUGGGAUUGGAGACGAGCAACCAAGCUUGUGAUGAAGAUGACUACAGCCACGCGUGUGUGGGCGAAGCUAAUACAGUGGGUUGGAAGAUGGGACAGAAUGUUCGUUAUCCUGCACACCGACCAGAUAGCACGACUGUUGCUCGAUGCUUUGCUUGAGCAUCGGUUUGAAGACGCAGCGAUCUGUGUGAUUAGUUUGUGUGGUCGAGGCAAAGUUGUCCCAGAGUUAUUAUGGAGAACUGGAACAGAAGUUCUCAAAUCUAUUCCUGGAAACCCCCUACGUGUCGUCCAGUUCUACAAAUACCUCUUUCCAAUCUGCACUCCCUACCAACGAGAGAUGUUACUAGACUUGGGGUUUUUCCUCAUUCAUUCAAACAAUGACCUUACUGAGGCUUAUGAACUACUUAAAGAUAAGGCAAGCUCUGAGCCAUUCAGUAAAGACAAACUUGUUCAUGGAUACCUUGGAUUAUUUGAGUACAUCUUUUGGAAGCGUAAGAAUAUGCAACUUGAGGAUCAUAGCAGCUUACAAGGCCUGCUCGAUAGUGUGGAAGAGGGUGCAGGAUCAAUGCACAAUUCUAUGUUGCUCAAGGAACUGGUCUUUUAUAGCAGAAAAGCAAUGGCAUAUUUUCAUGGGCUUGUUGACUGUGACGGAAUCUGGGACUUGUUUUUAACCAGACAUGCAGAAUUGUUGGUUUUUCAUGGCCAGAAUGAAGAUGCUAUAAAAAUGCUGACAAGAUACAGAGACAAAAAUCCAGAAAAUCCAAAUACUCACAGGUAUUUGUACCACUUUUUAAAGGGGGAUAUAAGGCCAAGACCACAGUUGAUCAGUGUGUUAGAAGGCCUUUUACAUGUCGACCCCACCUCAGAAUUAGCCGAGGAGUAUUGCAAGCUACUGAGUGGGUAUGAAAAAGAGCAAACAUCCAUCAGGAAGUCACUUGUCACUCUGUUCCACAAGUUAGACCACUUUGACAGUCGAAAAUGUCUUAACACUUGGUCGGCAUUAUCAGACAAUCUGGAUGCAGCACACCAGUUGUUUGACCAGGAUACCUGGUCAGAGUUGGUGUUAAAAGGUCUCUGGGAAGAGCGCACAGAUUGGUGGCCAGAGUACCACUUCUCUAAAGCAGAGCUGGAGUGUACAGAUUUCCAGUCUGAAUGGAGUUUGUUAUUUAGCAAGUAUCGUGUUGCUAGAAGAUUUCUGGAGAAAGAUAACUACUUUGUGAAGAGAAUGAGGAAACUUGUCAAGAAACAAAGAAAAUCACUUUGCAUGAGUUCAGACUCAUCAGUCAUUUCAUCAUUAUCAACAUCAGAUAGAUCAAGAAAAAGACGGCAUGAGGAUGAUGAAGACAGAUAAAUACAAUACCCAUGUUUGAUAUCCUCUCCACUUGUCAUGUCAUACAUCAUCAAAAUUGUCAUGUUACAAAUGUGUCUUGAUGGUUGCCAAUAAUUGCAUUCUCAUUGUAUUUUUGCCUUGUCAUUAAAACACUUUCAAUGAUGCCUUUAAAAAUUAAACAAACAUGAAUAAAGAAUGAGAACUUUU